GAGCACUCCACAUCGACCACGACGAACUACGACGGGCUCAACUCCCUCUGGAACGACGUUUACGACGACACAUCUUCCGCUCAUUACUUCCCUUUUAAGAUUUUGGCCUCGCUGAAUCUUCUACGACUGCCUAUUUCAUCAACAAUACACCCUUUUGCCGUCAACCUCUUGAAUGGAGCUUCUUGACCGCAAUUAGUUCGAGAAUACGUGAAAUUCGUGUCAGCAGAAGAAAUGGUGCUCGGUAGAUUUGGUCUGUUGCGACUCUUUGGAUGUGGCUGCCUGGGCAGGAGAAAUGACAGCGGACAGGAUAAGAUUCCGGAUGAGGAAUCCCGUCUGCUACCGGAGUCUAUACCGCAUGAUGGCCUUGAAUCCUCGGUUGUUAUCACGGUUGAGAACGGUCACCCUGACGGACAACCUGACGCUGAGAUAAUGAAAGAACGGAUGCGGGAGCGUUUCAACGGAAUCGUUAGGGCUAAAGAAGGGAGAAUGGUCAGCGUAACCUCUUAUGUGCCCUUUAAUCUGUAUUCUGGAUCCCGUGCUUCUUCGUCUAUGUCCCGAUCAAUGUCCCGCUCCAGAAAUCCCCAUGCGAAUAUCCUUUCACCUAUCUCGACUGUAUUACCUGCUCAGUCCGAUGUUGUUGUCCAAGCUGAUGCAGGCGGGAGAUCCUCGUCUCAGGUUCCUCCUCUUCGGCACGGGCAACCAGACCUAACGCACCUUAACAUCAAUGUACAUUCCAAUAAUGCUCCCCCUCAUUUGCCAUUUAACGGUCGAAAUAACUCCAACUCGGACAUGUCCGCAAUAUACGCAGCCAGGAGGCCUUCACUGGCGGCUUCCGAGACCGACACACAUCCAUCGUCACCCUUGCGGCCAGUUGGUCUUAAUGCCAGGCUAGUUGGCGUUGGAGUAGGGGGCGGGUUUACUGGUGCAAGAAGAGGAAGGCCCAAGACGAAGUUUGGUGGAUGUGGUGGCAGUAGCUCGAGUUUGAGCUUGGGUGGGACCAGUUGCGAGGGAGAGCAUAGCCCCCGAAUACCGCCACCCCCACCACCGCAAGCACCCGCGUCGUCUCCAGUAGAAGAAAGCCACGUUCUAGCUUCCAAAAUUAAAUCUACAGCAGCCAGAGCUCCUUCGAAAAACGACUCCCAACAAGAAAGAACCGAGAGCGAAAGGCCGUGCUUCGCUAUUAUGAGUACCGAGAAGAUAACCAUAGGAUGGGAUGAUUGACUGUUACUUCCGAGAACCGUCUUUCACUCUGAUGUUUAACCUAUGUCUAUGACCAACGUUCCCUGCCAUUUUCUCUUUUUUCAUGUUCCGUGGGCAGCCAUGAUCCUUGUUUGCCAUCCCCUCAAAAGGGAAUAGAGUUCUUGAUCACCGAGGCAGGGCGUUCCCGAUUUCCUUGAAUGAAGAAUCGUAUCUCUGUAUCCUGGGCAGGCCACCAAAAAUACUUAUACUGUCAUUCUCGGACUGUGCUUCAUCUCUUCCGCUGUAUUUGUUGUCGAUCGUCAUGAAACGUUUUUUCUAUUCGUCUACUUCGAUUUUUUUUUGCUUGUAUGGGACUCUUGCCACGCCACGAAUAUCUCACUCUCGUUCCCUUUCUUGUUCUUGUACAAUUCUCUACUUCAUCAGGAUCUACCAUAACUACGCAUUAUUCAUCCGGCCUACGAUCUAGCUAGCUAUCGAGUAUGUACUGGUUAUCAUAAUCUAUUGCUGUUACCCAUCCGGUUUUCUACCCGG